AAACUUGCAGCUGCUCACUUUUCAGACUAUGCUCUUGUUUGGUGGAAUAAGUUUGCAAAAGAGAGAUUGAGAAAUGAGGAGCCAGCGGUGGAAACAUGGGCUGAAAUGAAACGAAUCAUGAGGAAAAGAUAUGUCCCUUCAAGCCAUGCUAGGGAUGUAAAAUUUAAACUUCAAAAACUUACCCAAGGCAGCAAGAGUGUUGAGGAGUAUUACAAAGAACUUGAGGUGCUUAUGUUGCAAGCCAAUCUUGAGGAGGAUGAAGAGGUAACCAUGAUUCGAUUUAUUAAUGGUCUAUCUAAUGAUGUUAGAGAUAUUGUAGAACUUCAGGAAUAUGUAGACAUGGAAGAAUUGCUGCACAAGGCCACUAAAGUUGAGCAACAACUCAAAAGGAAAGGGCUUGCAAGGAAGAGUUCUACCAAUUCCAAUUCAUCUUGGAGAGACAGAAUGAAGAAUGAAGGGCCGAGCACCCUUAGCAAACCAGCCACCAAACCACAAGCUUCAGCUUCUUCAAAACCUCUUGAACAACCAUCCAAAAAGAGCAAAGAGGUCAAGUGCUUCAAAUGCCAAGGUAUGGGACAUUAUGCUUAUGAAUGUGCCUCCAAAAAGACCAUGAUUCUUAAGGAUGAUGGAGACUACACCAGUGAGUCCGAAGGAGAACAAAGUGAAGAAGAAGAGGAGGCAGCCAUGAAUGGUGAACUGUUGAUGAUCCGAAGAAUGCUUGGUAGCCAACAAAAGCCAAAGAAAGAAAGCCAAAGAGAGAAUAUCUUUCACACAAGAUGUUCUGUCAAUGGGCAGAUUUGCUUGAUGAUUGUUGAUGGCGGAAGCUGUACUAAUGUGGCUAGUGAAAGAAUGGUGGAGAAGCUGAACCUGGUCACAAAACCACAUCCUUGGCCAUACAAACUUCAAUGGCUCAGCCACUAUGGAGAAAUACAAGUAAGUAAGCAAGUUGAAGUUGACUUUUCCAUUGGCAAAUACAGGGAUAAGGUUCUUUGUGAUGUUGUUCCCAUGGAGGCUAGUCACAUACUGCUGGGAAGACCAUGGCAAUAUGACACCAAGGAUUAUGAGGAUGUGUUUCCAACAAGUGUUCCAAGUGGUCUACCACCACUGAGAGGAAUUGAGCAUCAAAUUGAUCUCAUUCCGGGAGCUUCUUUGCCUAAUAGGCCAGCAUAUAGAAGCAACCCACAAGAAACCACUGAAAUUCAAAGACAAGUGGAAGAACUCUUGAACAAAGGGUGGGUAAGAAAUAGCAUGAGUCCUUGUGCUGUACCGGUGAUUUUGGUACCAAAGAAAGAUGGGACUUGGAGAUUUGUUGUGAGUUCGAAAGGAGUGCAGGUUGAUGAGGAAAAGAUCAAAGCCAUUCAAGAGUGGCCCUCUCCUAAAUCCGUGGGUGAUGUAAGAAGUUUUCAUGGCUUGGCCAGUUUCUACAGGAGGUUUGUAAAGGACUUUAGUACCUUGGCAGCACCCCUAAAUGAAGUGGUGAAAAAGAAUGUGGGUUUUCAUUGGGGAAAGAAUCAAGAAGAGGCCUUUGCUGCCCUAAAGCAUAAGCUUACCCAUGCACCUAUACUUGCUUUACCUAACUUUGCUAAAUCUUUUGAACUUGAAUGUGAUGCUUCAAAUGUAGGUAUUGGAGCUGUGUUGCUUCAAGAAGGCCACCCAAUUGCUUAUUUUAGUGAAAAGUUAAGCGGAGCUGCCCUUAACUAUUCUACUUAUGAUAAGGAAUUGUAUGCUUUGGUGAGAGCUUUGAAGACCUGGCAGCAUUAUCUUUUGCCCAAGGAAUUCGUGAUUCAUAGUGAUCAUGAGUCGCUGAAAUACUUGAAGGGGCAAGGUAAGUUGAACAAAAGGCAUGCCAAAUGGGUUGAAUUUUUGGAACAAUUUCCCUAUGUCAUAAAACACAAAAAGGGGAAAAGUAACAUUGUGGCUGAUGCUUUAUCCAGGAGACACGUGCACAAUGGAUUUUUAUUUAAGGAAAACAGGUUGUGUGUGCCUAAAAGUUCCAUUAGAGAACUGCUUGUUAAAGAAUCCCAUGCUGGGGGACUAAUGGGUCAUUUUGGAGUCCAAAAGACUCUAGAAACUUUACAGGAACAUUUCUAUUGGCCCAAAAUGAAACAUGAUGUGAUCAAGUUUUGUGAACAUUGCAUUGUUUGCAAGAAGGCUAAGUCUAAGGUGAUGCCACAUGGUUUGUAUACUUCUUUGCCAAUCCCUGAAUACCCUUGGGUUGACUUGUCUAUGGACUUUGUUUUAGGCCUCCCUAGAACAAAGAAUGGUAAGGAUUCCAUUUUUGUGGUUGUUGAUAGGUUUUCAAAAAUGGCUCACUUUAUUCCUUGCAGGAAAGCUGAUGAUGCUUGUCACGUUGCUGAUUUGUUCUUUAAAGAAGUUGUAAGACUUCAUGGGAUGCCUAGAAGCAUAGUUAGUGAUAGGGACACCAAGUUCCUAAGUCACUUCUGGAGGACUUUAUGGGGGAAGUUAGGCACCAAACUUUUGUUCUCUACCACUUGCCACCCACAAACUGAUGGGCAAACUGAGGUGGUUAAUAGGACCCUAGGCACCUUGCUUAGGACUGUCCUUAAGGCCAAUUUAAAGGCUUGGGAGGCGUGUUUGCCUCAUGUUGAAUUUGCUUACAAUAGGGCUGUCCAUAGCACUACCAAUUGCUCUCCAUUUGAAGUAGUGUAUGGAUUUAACCCUUUGACUCCUCUUGAUUUGUUGCCUAUGCCUAACAUUUCGGUGCACAUGAGGAAGGAAAGGUUUCCAGAACAAAGGAAAUCCAAACUCCAACCUAGAGGGGAUGGACCUUUUCAAGUGCUUGAGAGAAUCAAUAACAAUGCCUACAAAAUAGCGCUUCCAGAUGGCGGAGAAUUUGAUUUGAGGUCAAAUCCUUUUCAAGAGGGAGGGAAUGAUGAGGACAAGGACAAGGACAAGGGUCAUGGAGCCCUAAAAGGACUUGGAGGACCAAUGACAAGGGCUAGAGCUAAAAAGGCCAAAGAGACUCUUCAGCAAGUAGUGGCAACCAUUCUUGAAGACAAAGUGGUAGAAGAGAUGGAACCAAAAAUCAUGAUGAUCAUUCAGGGAAUAGAAGUGUGUCCCGAACCCUGA